UUAUCCAUCUCUCAUUUACAUACUUUCCUUGCUUCACAAAUACUUUAGGCUUCUUUCUUGAGUAGACAUGGCGCUAACUGGUAAACUUAGUGUUGAAGUUACGCUCCAAACACCAGCUCCAAAGUACUUCAACAUCUUUAUAACUCAAUUCCACAAGUUUCAAAACAUUUGUGAAAGAAUCCAUGAAGCCAAGAUGCAUGAAGGUGAUAACUGGCAUGUCCCUCAUUCGGUUAAGAAUUGGACUCUUAUCGUAGAUGGCAAGCCAAUUAAGUUGAAGGAGAAAAUUGAAGCUAUUGACAAGGAGAACAAGUCAGUGACAUAUAACUUUUUCGAUGGAGACAUAAGUAAGAACUAUAAAGUCUUUAAGGUCUUUCUUCAAGUGUUUGAAAGGAGUGAUGGUGGUGCCUCAGUUAAAAUCACUAUUGAAUACGAGAAAAUCAAUGAGAAUGUUGAAGCUCCAUAUGGAUUCGUGGAGUUCUUUGACAAGAGUGCUAAAGAUAUUGAUUCUCAUCUUCUCAAGGCAUAGAUAGAUAGCUGCAUCCAACAGCUAUUUAUGAAGAAGAAUCUCAACAACCUAUAAAAUAAUGUGUUUGGCUAUAUAUAUAGCUUGUGGUUAAUAUUAUUAAGAGGUUUUGUAAUAUAUAUAUAAUAAUUGCAAUAAUCAAUCUUGGACACGAACAAUAUAAUAAGGAUGGUUGCUGCUGCUUGCUUCGGCUUUUCAUCCUUGCUUUGUAUAUGUGUGCCAAUGAUUUCUCGUUUGAGUGUGUUGUGUACUUGUGUAAUAAUAUAUAUAAUAAGUGGGAUGUUUUUCA